GUGUGUUGUCGCUCGUGGUCGAGAUGCCUCCGCCGCCGCCCGGGCCGCCGCCGCCGCCGGGUCCGCCGCCGCCGCCGGGCCCGCCGCCCAUGUUCGGAGGAAGCUCCAAGAGCAACUCCGGUCCAGACAACCGCGGUGCCUUACUUAGUUCAAUACGACAAGGUGCCAAGUUGAAAAAGACAGUGACAGUGGACAAAAGUGGACCAUACAUACCCGGUAAAGUUGCGAACGCUCCAAGUAAUGUGUCUCCAGUUGGUAAUGGAGUGCGGAGUGGUGGUGGGCUGCAGAAUGGAAGUCCGGCGGGUCCGCCCGGCCUGGGGGGACUGUUCGCUGGAGGAAUGCCAAAGUUAAGGCCCACUGGAAAGUUUGCAGGUGCAUCAAAUGGUCCCAGUAAAAGUGAUGCUCCGCGGUAUCCACCGCCCCCCAGUCACACGCAGCCUGUACAAAGAUCCUCCCCAGAGAAAGUGAAACAGUCAUUACCACCAGCACCCUCCAUUCCUUCAGGCAACAACGUGAGCGCGCUAUCAGCGGCUCUGUCCUCGGCGCUGGCGUCGCGGGAGCCCCCUCGGGAGGCGCCGGCGCGGCCCGCGGUGAAGCGCCAGCCCAGCGCCAGCGAGCGCCGCGGCCCGCCGCCGCAGCCGCCCGUGCAGAAACCCAUGUCGCUGAGUUCGUCGGACUCGGUGCUGACGCUGGCUCCGGACGGGGACGCGCCCGCGCCGCCCGCCGCGCUGCGCAACAAGAGCGCGCUGCACGGCGGCAGCCACAGCACCAUCGGAGGCAGCAUGUCAUCGCUAUCCUCAGCGCCCACCACACCAUCCACCGCAUCUUCUCUCUCCACGUCCGACUUAUCCGACAAACCUCUGGCCCACCGGCCGAGCCACGGCAAGCCGAACCUAGCGCCCAAACCGCCGACCAUCGCGCCCGCAGUGGACACACGGCCCUCGCCGCCGCCGAAGAAGCUUAUUGUUAAUGGGAAGAUGGCGGCCAGGGCACAGAGCAUGAGGAUGCCUAGAUCGCCGCCCGUGUCGCCGUCGUCGCCGCAGCCGCACGGGCGCCCGGCGCACCUGCCGCCCGCGCCCGCCGCGCCGCUCGUGCAGUCCAAGCACCCCGCCUCGCACUUCGGUACGCUACGCCCCUCCCGCGGGCUGCGCGCCCCGGGCGUGUCCCCGCCCCCACCGCCCGGCGCACCGCCGCCCCCGCCCGCGCGGCACACGUCGUUAGCGCCCCCGCCACCGCCGCCCCCGCACCACCGGCUCAAUAGUACAAACGGGCACGCGGACGACACCCCCGCGCCGCUACCCCCCGUGCGGGGCUCCUCUAUCAGACCCCUAGACCUGGAGGCACGCUUCGCGGAGCUAUUCCACGCGCCGGCGCGCUUCCCGCCGCCGGACCCCUUCCUAAGGAUCACCAAGGGGUACAGCAGCGCGACGGUUGCCGUGAGUAAAGCGCAAGCGCCGAAGCCGCCGCUGUCGGUGCCGCUGGAGGGGUGGGCGGGCACGUCCAGCGCGUGCUAGCGGCGGGGCAGCGGGGCGCCGGCCCCGCGCGCCCCCGCCCCGCCCCCCGCGCACCCCGCCCCGCUGCCCUCCACGGCGCUGGUGCCGCCGGACUCGCACCCCGCGCACGCCUUGCUGGCCGUGGCGCACGCGCUGCUCGGCCCCGCCGCCGCCAUCGCCUCCCCGCGCGCCGCGCCGCCCCUCCCCGUCCUGCCCAUCGAUGAACUACAGAUGCC